AUGAAUGCAGAAAAAUUACAAAAAUCGGAGCCUAUGGAAAUUCCAAGCUGCGUGCGAAACUAUACCAAUGAGUAUAGAAUCCAGCAAAGAACCCUAGGUCCACAAAUAGCACAACAAAAACAAAACAACAAGACGGAUUCGUUUUCACAAAAUCCAAGGCCUGUUUUCACUGGGCUUGUCAGUCAGUCGGUCGGCUUUCGCACAACCCUGGCCGUCGAGUCUGGUUGGCUUUCGCACAACCAAGGGCCUGUUUUCACUGGGCCUGUCAGUCAGUCGGUCGGCUUUCGCACAACCCUGGCCUGUUUUCACUGGGCCGUCGAGUCUGGAAAAUCGUCUAGCCACCUAUCGAGUAAAUUAACUUGCAUCAGGCCCCCUAUCGAGUGA